UCAAUAGUUUCCUAAGUGAUUAUCAAUAUUUUUGAAGGAGUAGAACAAUUUGAGUUUAAGACACAGUAUGGGUUUGAUGAAUUACAGUCGUGCACAAUUAGGGUUCAUUCUCCUUGUAGCUGCUACUUCUCUGUUAGCAGUGAGUGAGGCCAAAACUAUUGUCGUCGGAGGUUCUGAAGGCUGGCGUUUUGGUUUCAACUACACUGACUGGGCUCUCCAAAACAGUCCCUUUUACAUCAACGAUGAAUUGGUGUUCAAGUAUGAUCCACCAAGCAAGACCAACUCUGGUUACAGCGUUUACUUGCUGCCAAACCUGUGGAGCUACAUUACCUGUGAUUUCAGCAAAGCCAAGAUAUUGGCGAGUGAGACUCAAGGAGGUGGUAAGGGCUUUAAGGUUGUGCUGAAUCAAUGGAGGCCUUACUACUUUGCUAGUGGUAACAAGGAUGGCUACAAUUGCAAGGAUGGACUCAUGAAGCUCUUUGCUGUGCCACUUCCACAUUGGAAGUAUUGAUUUUUAUAAUCCUACACACACACAAACACAACUGAUUGAUUACUGGAUAUGAGUGAAAAUAAUGAAGAUGGGUGUUCUUCUUCCUUCUUAUGAUACGAUUGUACCUUUGGUAUUAGGGAUAGAAGUGUCUUAAUAGUUGUGCUUUGUUUUUCGAUUUACACAAUAAAUAAAAUUUUGCUUGACAUGCGAAUCUUGAAUA